AAUUUUAGAAGGAAAGAAGGCUACCAAGUUGGCGUUGUGGAAAAGAAGAGGGUUGUCGAGGAGGAAGAAGAAGAGGCUUCAUAAUAAAGUUUCUUGUGGUGUUGCUGUUAUUUCCGGCGUCUUCAAAAUCAUCCGAUUAAUAGCUUUUUUUGUCAGUCAACGAUCGCAGACGAAGCGUCUAUGCGCGGAACAUGGCUUAUAUAAUUGCUACACAAACACAAAUCUUCAAAACGAUCUUGUUAUCACACGCGAACAUGGAGACUUGCAAGAAUAACGUGUUAUACUUGGGUGUCUUGACGAUGUUCUUGUUUUUUCAAGCUUCUUCUGCAACUGACACCAUUUCUACCGAUCAACCUCUUUCAGGACUUAAGACCAUUGUUUCCAGUGGUGAUAUUUUCGAACUCGGUCUCUUCAACCCAACACCAGGUAUGAUUGGAUUCUACAUAGGCAUGUGGUACAAGCAAGUCUCUCCACGAACUAUUGUUUGGGUCGCAAAUCGAGAAUCUCCUCUCCAGAGGGCUACCUUCUUUUUUAAAAUAUUAGAUGGAAACUUAAUCCUUCAUGAUAAUAUGACUAGUAGAACAUUUUGGUCGACCGGUGUUAAUUCUAGUAGGAGCACAGAUGUUCAAGCUGUUCUGCUUGAUAAUGGUAAUCUCGUAUUGAGAGAUGGGCCAAAUUCUUCUGCAGCUGUGUUGUGGCAGAGUUUUGAUCAUCCCUCGGAUACUUGGCUUCCAGGAGCUAAAAUCAGGUUUAACAACAUCAAACUGGGAAGCCAACGUCUCACGUCUUGGAAAGGCUUGACAGAUCCAUCACCGGGUCGAUACUCUCUCGAGGUUGACCCUAAUACAACACACUCCCUCAUAACGGUUUGGAAUGGAUCUAAGUCAUAUUGGUCCAGCGGGCCAUGGGAUGAUCAAUUUAGAGUCUCCAUUUUGGCUAUUUCCUUGAGUUUCAAAUUGAACCUGGAUGAGUCUUACAUCACCUAUUCAGCAGAAAACUAUAGCACAUAUCGUUUGGUCAUGGAUGUUUCCGGGCGGUUCAUGCUGCACGUUUUCUUAGUUGACAUCCAGUUGUGGGGUGCGAUAUGGUCUCAACCAAGAGAUACAUGUGCGGUUUAUAAUUCUUGUGGAUCGUUUGGGAUUUGCGAUGAACAAGCGGAUACACCCUGUAGAUGUGUUCCUGGUUUCAAACAAGCAUUUGGCGAGGACUCGAAUGAUUACUCUGGUGGUUGUAAAAGGGAAAUAAAUCUUCAAUGUGACAAGGGAAAUGACGAGUUUUUUCCUAUUGAAAACAUGAAAUUAGCCACUGAUCCAACAACAACAUUGGUCUUGACGGCAAGUCUUGUUACGAGCUGUGCCUCAGCUUGCCUAGCUAAUUGUUCUUGCCAGGCCUACGCAUAUGAUGGAAACAAGUGUUUGAUGUGGACAAGAGAUGCUUUCAAUCUGCAACAACUUGAUGCAAAUAACACAGAGGGACACAUUUUUUUCCUUAGACUUGCCGCUUCAAACAAGGGAGAAACAGAGAGUUCUAAAGUCAGAAGAAUUGUGUUACCCGCUGUACUCUCAUCACUAAUAGCAGCCGCUGCGUUUUUCGUUGGUUUGUAUUGUUAUAUUUCUCAAAGAGGAAGAAGAAAAAGAACAAAAAGAGACAAAAAACAGAGCAGAGAGCUAUUAGAAGGUGGCCUAAUUGAUGAUGAUGGAGAAAAUAUGUGUUACCUAAAUCUGCAUGACAUUAUGGCUGCAACAAAUUCUUUCUCUGAGGAAAAUAAGCUAGGCGAAGGCGGUUUUGGUCCAGUCUACAAGGGAAUGCUACUGAAUGGGAUGGAUGUGGCCAUCAAAAGGCUUUCAAAAAAAUCAAGUCAAGGUCUGACAGAGUUCAAGAAUGAAGUCGUUCUGAUCAUAAAGCUUCAACACAAGAACUUGGUGAGACUUUUAGGAUAUUGUGUUGAGGGCGACGAGAAACUUCUAAUUUACGAGUACAUGUCGAAUAAGAGCCUUGAUGUUUUACUCUUUGAUUCUUUAAAGUCUAGGGAAUUGGAUUGGGAGACGCGUAUGAAAAUAGUAACUGGGACGACAAGAGGACUUCAAUAUCUGCAUGAGUACUCACGUCUCAGGAUCAUUCACCGAGAUCUUAAGGCAAGCAAUAUUCUUCUCGACGAUGAGAUGAAUCCUAAGAUCUCGGAUUUUGGAACCGCCAGGAUCUUUGGUUGCAAGCAAAUCGAUGAUAGCACCCAAAGAAUCGUCGGAACUUGUAACGGCUAUAUGUCACCGGAAUAUGCAUUAGGCGGGUUGAUUUCAGAGAAAUCGGAUAUAUAUAGCUUUGGAGUGUUGUUAUUGGAGAUCAUAUCAGGCAAAAAGGCGACAAGGUUUGUUCACAACGACCAAAAACACAGCCUUAUUGCUUAUGCAUGGGAGUCUUGGUGCGAAACACAAGGUGUAAGCAUCAUAGAUGAAGCACUGCGUGGCUCCUAUCCCGUAAAAGAAGUGAUUCGGUGUGUUCACAUCGCACUUCUUUGUGUUCAAGAUCAUCCUAAAGAUAGACCCACGAUUUCGCAAAUCGUCUAUAUGUUGAGCAACGAUAACACUCUUCCGAUUCCGAAACAACCAACUUUCUCUAACGUGUUGAACGGGGAUCAACAGUUAGUGUCGUCUGACUACGUGUUCUCCAUAAAUGAAGCAACGCAAACAGAACUGGAAGCACGAUGAACAAUAACAAUACUUGGUU